ACGGCUGUUGUUAGCUGCGUACCCCCUCCCUCAGCCGAGCUAACUUUAACGGAAAAGUCACGUUUUGAGCCCCACGAUGUCCGGGCACGGUCAUGGACACGGGCACGGCUGCGGGUGUGAGGGGGAGCACGAACCCGCGGAGAGGGGUCUGGAGUACGGGUUGUACAGGCGGAUCGACGCGGAGAAGCUCCAGUGUCUGAACGAGAGCAGAGACGGGGACGGGAAGCUGGUGUUCAAACCCUGGGAUCAGCGGAACGAACGGGACAAGUAUGUGGACAGCGAUGCAGAUGAAGAGCUGCUGUUCAACAUCCCUUUUACAGGCAGCGUGAAGCUAAAAGGCAUCAUCAUAUCUGGAGAGAACGACGACUCGCAUCCAGCUGAGAUCAGACUGUACAAAAACAUCCCUCACAUGUCCUUUGACGACACCGGCCGAGAACCUGAACAAGCCUUCAGACUCAACAGAGACCCUCUGGCUGAGCUGGAGUACCCGACAAAGAUCGCUCGCUUCUCCAACGUUCAGCACCUCUCCAUCCACAUCUCCAAGAACUUUGGAGACGAGAACACCCGGGUCUACUACAUCGGUCUGAGGGGGGAGUACUCCGAGGCUCACAGGCAUGAAGUGACCAUCUGUAACUACGAGGCCUCGGCGAACCCCGCAGAUCACAAAGUGGAGAGCAUCAUCCCGCAAACCAACUUCAUUUCCUGAAAGCGUCAGAGAGUGGUGAGGAUGAAAGAGGACGAGGAGGAUUAGACGGAGGGGCGUCUGCUUGACAGAGGUCAAAGUUAAGAUGAGCCGAGGUCAACUGUUCGCGCCGCGUGUUUCGGUUGAACUCGACGGCCGACUGAGCACAGAGAUCUGAAGAGCAGCGAGCUUCAGGUGUGUGUGGGACUGUGCCAGGUUUUGCGCUGUUUUCUACUUAAAGAGUGAAGGCUUAAUGUGGGCACAAAGCUUCAUAAUAAAUAAAUAAAUAAAUGCAUGAAACAUCUCACGUCUGUUUUUACCUGUGAUUUCUCAUUCACAUUGAAAAUAUCUACAGAUUCAAUAAAGUGACGGCUACUCUAAUAAAAACGCUGAAACUAAA